AUGGCCCCAACAAAAAAAUCCAAAAGUGUAAAGCGGUAUGCAACUGUAAAUGAGGCCUCUCCUGAGAAAUACGGCGGAGGGUCAAACAAAAAAAAGCAACGGAAGAGAAAGUUGUCUGAUAAGUUGGGACCGGAGUGGAGCAAGGGAGAGCUUGAGCGUUUUUAUGAUGCCUACCGAAAAUAUGGGAAAGAUUGGAGGAAGGUGGCUGCUGCAGUGCGCAACAGAAGCAUUGAGAUGGUGGAGGCUCUUUACAAUAUGAACCGAGCAUACUUGUCACUGCCAGAGGGUACAGCUUCUGUGGUUGGCCUCAAAGCGAUGAUGACAGAUCACUAUAAUGUUAUGGAAGGCAGUGAUAGUGAACGAGAGAGCAAUGAUGCUUUAGGAUUUUCUCGGAAACCGCAGAAACGUAAGCUUGGGAAAGAUCAGCUCAGUGCCUCGAAAGAUGUUUUCCAGUCGCAUUCAAAUGCUUCACAUGAAGGAUGCCUAUCAUUAUUAAAAAGGAGAAGGCUUGAUGGUGGUCAGCCUCGGGCAGUUGGGAAGAGGACACCUCGCUUCCCAGUUUCAUAUGCAUAUAAGAAAGAUGAUAGGGAUACUUAUGUCUCUCCAAUUAAAAAGGGUCGGAGGUCAGAGGGGGACAAUGAUGAUGAAGUUGUGCAUGUCGCAGCAUUAUUAACUGAGGCUUCACAAAGAGGAGGCUCUCCCCAAAUUUCUCAAACGCCAUACAGAAGACCCGUGCAUCAUCCACCACGAGGGAAAGCUCGGGCUAAUCUUCGUGAUCCUUCGAUGGACGAAGACUGGUUGGAAGGUAGUAUAGGAAGCAAGGGGGCUGAAACUGGAGAUUAUGCCAGAGAUUCGUUAGAAGGCGUAGGUACAGUAGAAAUUAAUUGGAAGGGUAAGAAGUUCUAUGGAAAGAAAGAGAAAGCUAAAGACAUUGGGAAUCAUCAGUUUGAUGAUGGUGGUGAAGCAUGCAGUGGCACUGAAGAAGGACUUAAUGUCAGUUCGAGGGGGAAAGAUGAUAUUGAAGUUUCAAAUACAAAAGGGGAACGAUUUUCUCCACAAGGUCAAAGGAAGAGAAGCAAGAAACUUUAUUUUGGAGAUGAAAGCUCAUGCUUGGAUGCUCUGCAAACUUUGGCUGAUUUGUCUCUGAUGAUGCCAGAAUCCACAAUGGAAUCUGGAUCAUCUGUCCAGUUGAAAGAGGAAGGAACAAACCUUGAUGUGGAAGAUAAAUUUAGUGUGCCUGAAGCUACAUCUACAAGCCAAUCUAGAAACAAAAAUAAAAUCCCCAGCGCAAAACAUAGAGUACCUUUUGCAAUUUCUGGAGUUGAGGGUACUAAUUCCAAAAAAUCCAAACUUGGGAGGGAGCCGGCAUUUGAUACUACUGCUGUCUCUGAAUCGGAGCAACAGCUCCAGUCUACCACUAAAACAUGGAAAAGGAAACGGAAGUCCUCAGUAUCAAAGAUAUCAAAUGCUGAUGCCCCUAUUGAUUCUAAUAUAAAUGAACCUUUAAAGAUUGAGGCCUUUGGUGAAGAAGAAAAUAAACCAGUGACUAAAGGAAAACGCACCAAUCAAAGCUCUACUCCUUCAAAACAAUGGAAAUCGAACAGAUCCCUGGAAGGAUCUUUGAAUAGCGAUUAUAGGCGAACAGGGACUGAUUUGACGGUGACGAAUGCACAAGCUCCCACUUCAAACCAUGUUAAUUUGCCAACGAAACGAAUAAGCAGACGUAAAAUGUAUAUACCCAGAACAUUGCACCCCAAAGAGAAGUCUUCUGAGAAAAAAUUAAAAAAUCAACUUAACAUACGCUCCAGCUCGACGCACGACAGAGCACUGUAUUUAAAGGAGAAGACUUCUUGCUGCUUGUCAUCACAUUUAGUACGUAGAUGGUGCACUUUUGAGUGGUUUUAUAGUGCACUUGACUACCCUUGGUUUGCCAAAAGGGAGUUUGAGGAGUACUUGAAUCAUGUGGGACUGGGACACAUUCCAAGACUAACUCGUGUUGAAUGGGGUGUCAUUAGAAGUUCCCUUGGCAAACCUCGGAGGUUUUCUGAGCACUUUCUACAUGAAGAGAGAGAGAAACUUAAACAAUAUCGGGAAUCUGUAAGGAAACAUUAUGCUGAACUCCGAACUGGUGAUAGGGAAGGACUCCCAACAGAUUUAGCAAGACCUUUAUCAGUUGGGCAACGAGUGAUUGCUCUACAUCCCAAGACAAGAGAAGUUCAUGAUGGAAGUGUGCUCACAGUUGAUCAUGACAAGUGCAGGGUUCAGUUUGACCGCCCAGAUAUAGGAGUUGAAUUUGUCAUGGAUGUGGAUUGUAUGCCAUUGAACCCAUUGGAUAAUAUGCCAGAAGCUCUUAGGAGACAGAAUUUUGCUUUUGACAAAUUCUCUCUUACAUCUAAGGAGGCCAAUAAGAAUGGGAAUCUAAAUUUUGGAGGCCCGCAUUUCGAGAAAGCAACUAGCCCCAUGAAUACUUCCGUAAAGCAGGGAAAGGGGGAUUCAAACCAUACAACUUCACAACCAAAGGCAGCUUCUGCUGAUAUUGAUAGAGCACAAGCACAACAGUCAACAUAUAGUCAACCUGGUAUGGUGGUGGCACAUAAUCAAGCAAGAGAUGCAGACAUACGAGCUCUUUCUGAGUUGACUCGUGCUCUUGAUAAGAAGGAGGCAUUGUUGAUGGAGCUUAGGAACACAAAUAAUAACAUCUUGGAAAACCAGAACAGUGGAGAAUGCUCUUUAAAAGAUAGCGAGCCUUUUAAGAAGCAUUACGCCACGGUUUCUUCAGCUUUGCUUAAUUUGAGGCAACGUAAUACUUAUCCAGCAAAUUCUCUGCCUCCUUGGCUGAAACAGCCAGCCAAUUCCACCGUCUAUGGUGGCCUCCCAAGUUCCUUUGACAGUUCCAUUUCUCAAGAAUCAGGAUCUAGUGUGGCUGAAAUUGUUGAAGUCUCAAGAUCGAAAGCACAUAUGAUGGUAAAUGCUGCUAUUCAGGCAAUGUCAUCAAGGAAGGGAGGGGAAGAUGCUUAUGUAAGGAUAAGAGAGGCUCUAGAUUCCAUUGAUAACCAGCAUCUGCCAUCAGACUCUAGAUUAUCUCUAAACAGGUCUCAAGAGCAAGUAAAUGGUAAUUUGGGCCAUCGCAAUCAGUUGAUUUCCAGUACAUCAGAUCCCAACUUUACCAGCGAUUCACCUGGUCCAAAGCUGAAUACUGAUACUGAAAAAACUGAGGCACAGGUUCUUUCAGACGUUAUCUCUGCUUGUGUGAUGGCUGUGCACAUGAUACAGACAUGCACCGAACGACAAUAUCCUCCAGCUGUUGUCGCCCAAGUAUUAGAUUACGCUGUCACAAGCCUGCAUCCACGGUGCCCACAGAAUGUUGGAAUUUACAGAGAAAUUCAAAUGUGCAUGGGCAGAAUCAAGACCCAGAUAUUAGCACUGGUACCAACUUGA